GAGGUAUAAAGAAGCUACAAUAUAUUUCCCCGACGAGGACACUGGUUGGCAGCCAUACCUGGAGCAUGCAGGGUCAUAUUAGCUUGUCACGUGACACAGCCCAGUGCAAGGCAAGAGACAUCACGAAUGAAGCUUAAACGGAUCGUCAUCGUGCUCCAGCUACCCGAGCCAUGAUAAUCAUCAGCCUUAUUCUGUUGAUAGUCUCGUUUGAAACAUACGGCCAGAUAAACUGUGACUGGGGGAAGUAUGGAGAAGCCUGCAGCAAAGUCUGCCCUCAAUCCUGUAUGCCAGACCCCAACAGGCAGCUCAUCCACUGCCAUAAGGACACAGGGAGGUGUUCUGAAGGCUGUGUUCCUGGCUGGUUUGAAGAUCUCUGUGACAAAGCCUGCAGCAAGAACUGCGCGGGAAACAUCUGUAAUCGUCAAACUGGCAUGUGCACGCAUGGAUGUAGUGGGAACUACACAGGAGACUUUUGCAACACUCCUCUAGGCACGUCAGCGCCACCUUCCGGGGAAGUCACCACACAUACGUCGACGACAAUACCGCCUGCGUCAACCCCCACAGAAACCCCGAACCUGGCUGCCAUCCUUGUCCCUGUAUUCCUCCUCUUGGUUGUCAUCGCUGUGGUGGUGUUCAUACUGUUUGUCAGGCGAAAACAAAAAAGGGGAGAAGACAUUUGCAUUCCGGAAGCAGUGAGAUCGAGACUCCCAUGCUUGCAGACAGCUGAUACAUCUACCAGGCACAUAGAUGAUGAAGAUGUGCCUUUGACAAAGCCGAAUGAAGCAGACGCCGACCAACCUGACAUGGCGGAGCAAGGUAAAGCAGGCAGUGUCGAGCCUGGCAUAGUGGACCAAGGUAAAGCAGGCAGUGUCGCAUCCGUGAAAGAUGAUGAUUCAACCUGCGGUUUUGAGCUCUCGGACGACGAUCACCUGCCGCCUGGCACGCUGGGACAGAAGAUAAAGGCUAUCCACAAAGUGUUUAUUGAAACUGGGAGCUUUAAGGAGGCGAACGAGCAGCUAGACAUGUCUGGCCACGUGACAAUAACUGGUGGUCCUGGAGAAGGUAAAACAUCCAUGGCCCUGAUGCUGGGAGCUGAAUACAGGAGGCAGGGGUAUGACCUGGUACUGGUUGAGGACGUUGAUGAAGUAUGGUUGACUGAUUUUCUAGAUAUCGGCAAAGACGUGUGUCUCAUAUUUGAUGACAUAUUUAAGACAGUCAGAUCACACGAGGACCUGUCGGGAAUUAAGCACUUCUUGUACGACCUCCAUGUGUACCUAGGGCAGUGUGAGUCCAGGUCUGAAAGACGAUACCAGUGUCUGCAGCAAGAAACAAGACAAGAACCGAGAAAGCUCGAUCAACCUCACAUAUGUGCUAUAUUCACUACAGAAACCAAUAAUCUUGAGAUUGCAAUGGCGAACCUGGGAGGGCUAAGGAUUUUCAUUGGAUCAUCACGUGUCCAAAUAUGUUACACAAAAGAGGAGAAGAAAGAAUUGUGGUUGGAGUAUAAAGGUCCCCACGAGACUUUAGAUGAAGACAAAAUUACUGCUUAUAAAAACACCACUGUGGGUUUUCCUCUGGCAUGCAAACUGUUUUCAAUUUAUGCUGACUUUCAAAUGCAUCAUGAACAUUUUUUCGAGAAACCUUUGUUCUACAUUACAAACAAGCUUCGUACGAUUGUUAGUUCAUUGGAUGCCAAGUCCGCUGCUCUCACCUUGAUGAUACUGUGUGAGGGUCAGCUGAAUAUUAAUCAUCUGGAGACCGAAGGCGGUUGUCAGGGCAGCCAACUGAGCCCUAGAGGUGAACGUCCGGACAACCAACUGAAGACUGAAGGUCUCAGUCCAGACAGUCAAGUGAAGCCUGAAGCUGUCAGUUCAGACAAUCAAGUGAAGCCUGAAGCCGUCAGUUCAGACAGCCAAGUGAAGCGUGAAGCUGCCAGCUCAGACAGUCAAGUGAAGCCUGAACGUGUGAGUCCAGACGGUCAAGUGAAGCCUAAAGCUGUCAGUCCAGAGAGUCUAGUGAAGCCUGAAUCUGUCAGUUCAGACAGUCAAGUGAAGCCUAAAGCUGCCAGCUCAGACAGUCAAGUGAAGCCUGAAGCUGUCAGUUCAGACAAUCAAGUGAAGCCUGAAGCCGUCAGUUCAGACAGCCAAGUGAAGCGUGAAGCUGCCAGCUCGGACAGUCAAGUGAAGCCAGAAACUGUCAGUUCAGACAAUCAGGUGAAGCCUGAAGCUGUCAGUUCAGACAGUCAAGUGAAGCCUGAAGCUGCCAGGUCAGGCAGUCAGGUGAAGGCAGAAGCUGUCAGUUCAGACAAUCAAGUGAAGCCUAAAGGUGCUAGUCCAGACAGUCAACGAAAGCCUGAAGCUCUCAUUCCAGACAGUCAACGGAAGCCUGUAGGUAGUAGAUCAGUUGGUCAGCUACAGGCCUAUGGUGACAACCCAGCCCUAGAGGACCACCUUCAGGCUGUCACAACCCUCGUGAAGACAUCCACCAGACAGGGUGUCGCUCAGGCUGCCCGGGACUUCUGUGGUACAUUUCUGUCAGAAGGAAACAUGACAACAUUUUCCCAUUCUUUGAUUUAUGACGUCUGUGUUUCUGUGUUAUUUAGUAUUGAACCACAGUUCACUCUGGAACAUCUCAGUAUUGGGUUCCUCCUGGAGCAUAUCCAGGAUCAGCAAACCAACACAAUUCCUGUUAGUGAACACAAGCUCAAAAUUCCUUUCUCAAAGGUCAAUAGAGAAAUACUUGACAGAAUGGCUGCUUCUUUUACCAGAGGUGCCUUAACUGAAUACGCAUGGCAUCCCAUAUGGAGACAUGAGUAUAUUGCCGAGAGAUUUACCGCACUGACACAACAUCCAGAUCAACUGUCAGAAGAAGCCAAACAUCACAUUUUGUGUUACGCUUGUGUCAAUGGGAACACAAAUAUCCUGGGCCAACUUGUACGUCACUGUGACAUCAACAGACGUGGUUUGAAUGGCUGGACACCAUUAAUGUAUGCAGUUGUCUCUGAACAGAUGGAUUGUUUUGACAUCCUCGUGAAACAGCGAGCUGACGUCAGUUUGUGUGAUAACAACUACUACAAUAUACUGCAUUUGGCGUGUCUACAUAGACAUGUACCCACAGUAAAACAUGUCAAAAAGUUCCUCAAGGAACAUUAUCCCGAUUCCUAUACCAAUCAGUUUCUAAACAUCCAAGCAAGAGCAGGUUGGACGCCAGUCAUGUGUGCAGUAGUAUUUGGAACUGAGGGUGUGUCAGACUGUUUUAUAAAACCCAAGAAGAAGACUGAUAAAGUAAAAACGAAGAUCGGUUUUGAAAAGAAAAUUGAUUUCAGUUUGAGGGAUAACAACGGCAAUACCAUUCUCCAUCUUGCAUGUCAGUAUGGCAAUAGGUCCACCGUUAAAAACCUGCUGCCCGACACAGACAUAAAUACCCGCGGCAACAAUGGACAGACUCCAGUAAUGGCUGCUGUUUUGUCUGGGAGGAAGGAAACUGUCGACAUUCUUGUGUCAAACAAAGCUGAUCUCUCACUGACAGAUGACGACAACAACAGUAUCCUUCAUAUGGCUUGCAACGUUGAUGAUGUGACUCUGUUAGAACAGAUGAAAACAGAAUUAGACAUUAACACUCGGGGAAAACACGGCUGGACCCCAGUGAUGAAAACAGCUGUGAAUGGAAACAUGGAUGUCUUUAAAGACCUCCUGGAUACACGGAACCUCAAGCUACUAAAAGAUUGCUAUGACAACAAUCUCCUCCAUCUUGCAUGUCAUGGCGGAAAUGUCCCGAUUGUUCAAAUAUCACUACCAAAGUUUGACAUCGACGUUCGUGGAAACAACGGAUGGACGCCAGUGAUGUUUGCAGCUGUCAAUGGAGUACACAGUGUGUUUUACCUGCUUGUGUCAAAAGGAGCUGACAUACGGCUUCGGGAUGACAACAACAAUUCCGUAUUACAUGUAGCAUGCAUAGGCGGAAAUAUUUCCAUUGUGACCUCUCUGUUGCCAAACAUUCAUAUCGACUGUCCGGGAAACAAAGGAAGAACAGCAAUAAUGGUAACAGCUUUGCAUGCACGACCCGCCCUGUUUGAACUACUUUUGUCGGAGAAGGCCAAUAUCAGACUGGCUGAUGACAACAAAGACACUAUCUUACAUCUUGCUUGUGAGGGUGGGAACUGUUCCAUUGUGAAAUAUCUCAUACGGAAGUUUGACAUCAAUGUUUCUGGAAGACAUGGUCGGACACCAGUCAUGGCUGCAGCUUUGGCUGGAAUGAAAGAUGUGUUCGAUUUGCUUGUGAGUCAGAACGCUGAUCUCACUUUGACUGAUGUCUACCGCGACAAUGUCCUACAUCUGGCGUGUCAGGGAGGAAACACAGCUAUUGUAGAACAUCUUGUCACAUAUUUCAAGGCCAAUCUUCAAGAAAAGAAAGAAACUGUAGAUCAGCGUGCACCCAGGCAAAGACAAGGUGAUAAGGAUAGUGUAAUGAUCAUAAAUGAGGUGACUGAUGGCCUUGACAUCGACAUCAGAGGCAGGGAUGAUCACACGCCACUGAUGAAGGCAGUUUGUGGAGGCCAUCUUGAAGUGUACAAAUUCCUCGUGUCUCAUAAAGCCGAUCCCUCACUGGUGGACAGGGAGGGACAGACUCUUCUACAUCUUGCUAGCAGGCAUGGUCAGCGUCAUGUGAUUGAGUACAUCAUAGACUCUGUUGAUAUCAACAGCAGAGACAAGGCUGGUUUGACACCUGUCAUGACAUCAGUUACUUGUGACAAAGUUGCUGUGUUUAAAUAUCUCAGAGGAAAGGGCGCAGACUUGUCACUGGUCGACAGUGCCGGGAAUGAUGUUUGGCAUCUCGCGAAUAAAAGAGAGAACAGACAAAUUUUAGAACUACUGGAACCACCCCAAAAGGUAAAACGACCGUCUGGACCUAAGAAUAUUUUUGCUCGUAAACCAUCUCAGUCUAAGAAGAAACGGCAAUCACAAACUGAACAAACGCAGAUGUCGCUUGUGAAUGAAUAAAGGCAAAGUCCAAAAUCACACACCAAUCGUGCUCACUCGAACAAGAGAAACCGACCUGGUAACUAUAUCCAUCUUGGUGUGGAACAACAGUUGCACUGUGGACGAUCUGCGUCCGUCCUCUGACAUAAAUAUCUGAAGUCAGAAUGAUGGCAGCUGUAGACGUUAUAUUGUCUUCAAGCUGAUCCCGCAAAUUUUGUUUUCACUCAGCCGGGAAGCAGCAAAUGGAAUUAUUGAACACUCUUUCGAUUUCGUUAUUCACAGAGUGCAUGUAGGCCAUCGGCCCAUAAUACAAAUACAAAUAUUACAUAUUUGCAGCCAUAUUUGAUUGGCGGUGCUCUGCAGCAUAAUAAAUAAACAUUGCUACAUUUCUGAUGACAAAAGUAUUGUUUGAGGUCAUCAAUAUAUUGAAAUUUAACUAAGAAGGGUAUGUAUGAAACUUGGCAGGAAUAUAUAUAAUGCGCAAAGAACUGUUUGCAGUACACACUAAAAGGAAAUGAUACUCGUUUUCAAUAUAUCCAUUAUCAAACAUGUUGCAUAGCCUGUGAUAUCUAGGUUUAUUUGUGUAUCUACCUGUCUCAAUAUUUAACCGAUGGGAAACACAACGAAACUGUGUAAGAGCAAUGCGAAAUUUACUAAUGUUAAUAACACCAAGAUAUGGUUCCAUAGAAAGAUUACACUUGAAAAGAGAAUAUGAAUAAGCUUCAGAACUUGAUGAUAACGAGUUAUGCCAUCCUCUAUGGGAUAUAUGUUGAGCCAUGAUCAUGAAUUCAGACAGGAAGGAAUUUAAGCCAUUAAUAUACCGUGUUUCCCAUACAUAUCCAAAUCCUAUAUUGUAAAGUGAUAACUUAAGCUUUGAUACCCAGUUUGUUUUACCACGGCUAGCGUCUAUCAAUAAUACGUCUUAGCACUUUCUGGACAGGCGAGAUACUGCCAUAUUCAACAUUUCAUACCAAUAUUUAAUACAACGUUUGUAAACAUAAACAUCAACAGGAUAUCUACCAAAUUCAUCUCGAACGAUGUGAUUAGGGGUAGAUAUUUUAACAUUAAGUAAAUAUUUACAAGCUAAAGUUUAAACUUUCUGAAUUGGUGAACUAAUAUCACAAUCCAACCCCACGACUUUAACCCCAUAGAGUAGAAUUGGUAACUCCUUUGAGUAAAAAAUCCUGAAAAAUUUGUCACCACGAAUAGGUUUUAACUUCGAUAGUGACCUACUGAUACUAUAGAGGAUCUUUUCAGAUUGUAGAAUGGAAUUGUCAAAAUGUUUAUGCCACGACAAGCUUUGAGAAAAAAGAACACCCAGUUAUGUUUGAUAUAUAAAGUUAAUAAAGUUAUAUAUUUGUAUAGCGCCCGUUGCAAAAAUUCUCAAAGGAGCUUAGGCGAAGGCUAUAUUGAAGAAGUGGGUUUUCAGUUGUCGUUUAAUCUGGUCGAGAUUGAUCAUGUUCUGAAUGUGUCGAGGAAGACGGUUCCAGAUCCAGGAGCCGGCUUUGGAGAACAGUCUAUCUCCAUAGUGUCUUUUCCCGGUUAUAGGAACAUCAAGUGCUCUUGAUGAUCCUGACCUUGGAGUGUAGAUGGAUACGAGUUCACUGAUGUACUCGGGAGCUAGACCAUGCAGCGAUUGAAGACAAACACCAGGAUCUUGAACGGUAUACGUUGUCUCCCUGAUAGCCAAUGGAGGAUUUAUAAGACCGGGGAGAUGUCCUCUCGACGUCUUGAACUGUAUACGCUGUCUGCCUGAUGGCCAUUGGAGGUUUUAUAAGACCAGGGAGAUGUCCUCUCGACGUCUUGAACUGUAUACGCUGUCUCCCUUGCAGCCAAUGGAGUUUUUAUAAGACUAGGGAGAUGUCCUCUCGACGUCUUGAACUGUAUACGAUGUCCCCCUGGUAGCCAAUGGAGGUUUUAUAAGACCAGGGAGAUGUCCUCUCGACGUCUUGAACUGUAUACGCUGUCUCCCUAGUAGCCAAUGGAGGUUUUAUAAGACCAGGGAGAUGUCCUCUCGACGUCUUGAACUGUAUACGCUGUCUCCCUAGUAGCCAAUGGAGGUUUUAUAAGACCAGGGAGAUGUCCUCUCGACGUCUUGAACUGUAUACGCUGUCUUCCUGUUAGCCAAUGGAGGUUUGAUAAGACCAGGGAGAUGUCCUCUGGACGUAUUGAACUGUAUACGUUGUCUCCCCGGUAGCCAAUGGAGGUUUUAUAAGACCAGGGAGAUGUCCUCUCGGCGUCUUGAACUGUAUACGCUGUCUCCCUGGCAGCCAAUCGAGGUUUUAUAAGACCAGGGAGAUGUCCUCUGGACGUCUUGAACUGUAUACACUGUCUCCCUGGCAGCCAAUGGAGGUUUUAUAAGACCAGGGAGAUGUCCCCCCGACGUCUUGAACUGUAUACGCUGUCUCCCUUGCAGCCAAUGGGGGUUCUAUAAGACCGGGGAGAUGUCCUCUCGACGUCUGGUGUUGGUGAUUACUGUGACAGCACUGCUGUGCACUCUCUGGAGUCGAGUGAGUGUUCUGAUGCCCCAUACAAUAGACUAUUGCAAUGCGAGAUGUAACAAUCACAUUGUCUGCGUCCGUGCCAAUAUGCUUCUUGAUCAAGCUGAUGUUUCUUAGAUGUAGUAGCGUGACAUGCAUACAGCAACGUUGUGUCGCUCAGAUGACAAGUAUGACUCAAACGCCGCACCUACAUUCCUUGCUUGAGAACUGGGGACAACAUCACAGUCACCGAGUUUCAGUGGUGUGAACUGAAAGUGUAAAAGCAAAGAUUUGGAUCCAAAGACAAUCAGUCUUGUAGGUGUUGAGUUGGAGAAAGUGCGUGGACAUCCAGUGCUGGAUCUCCUUGACACAAUCAACGUAUGGUGGCCUAACUCUGGUUGCGAGCGAUCUCCAACCCGUUUUUAAACGAUGGUCGUCUAUGCAUUAGCCUCCGACACAACGAACUGAUGAGAAAAUAAGUUUUGUACAUGUUUAUAAAACUAACGUGUCCAGUACAAAAUGCCAUCUUGUAACCGGUUUUAAUCUCAGUAUAUUUGUAUAUUUUACAUAUGUAACAAAAAUCGCUUGCACCUGACGUGAUGGUAUAAAUCCUGAUUGGGAACGGUGUAGGAAGCGGACUGAUUGUUCCCACGGUCCCUAGUAUAACGGCCCAACUUUGGUUGCGAGCGAUCUCCAGCCCCUUUUUUAUACAGUGUUCGUCAGUUGAUAGUUUAAAUGUUUUACAUGCUCACAAACAAGUUUAACAAAUAGGGUAAUCUAGUUGAUACCCCGUCCUUCCAUGAAAGGUCUUUAUCAAGUAUCCACAUGCUUAUUCUUAAUGUAUGACUUCUUGUCGUCACGACAUAUUACCGAUGUGACGUCAGUUUUUAACUCACUCACUAACUGGCAUAUGAGAACUGAAUGUUUUGAACAGUUGUUUUCCUGCAUUAAUUGACUUUAAGGACAACCUGACACAAAUGGAAUAAAUGCUUACAAAUAAAUGUUUACAAAGACA